AUGGCACCGGCAUCAUCUACGAUAACAAAUAGACUGAAAGUUCAAUUGAAACUUUCCAUUGCGCGUCUACGUAUGGUACAGCAGAGAGAUGAAGCUUUAUCUAAACAGCAACGUCGUGCUAUAGCUCAGAUCCUCGAAGCUGGCAAGAUUGAGUCUGCUAAGAUUCGAGUCGAGAAUAUCAUUCGAUCUGAUGUAACGACGGAACUACAUGAGAUUCUUGAGCUCUACUGUGAACUUCUACUUGCACGAAUUAGACUUCUCGAGGGAUCUUCCUGUGAUAUAGGCCUCGAAGAAGCUGUCAAGAGUCUCAUCCAUGCUGCUCCACGGACAGAUGUUAAGGAGCUUCAGCAAGUGCGUGUGCUGCUGUGUGAAAAAUAUGGGAAGGAGUUUGCACUUUCGGCCAUUGAAAAUACAGAUUCAAAGGUGAGCGAGAAAGUCUUAAAAAAACUUGACAUUACGCCUCCAGUUGCGGAGCUGGUCAACGGAUAUCUCGAAGAAAUUGCUCGCACAUAUGGUGUUGACUGGCCCAAAAGAUCUGUUGACGAUGGUAUACCCCUUCCAGUCCACAGUGAUGAAAGCGAGGAUGAUGAACCCCCUUCACACGCAGAUCAACAUCAGAAUAUGGUUGAGACACCUGUCGCUCUUGUUGACGAUGCUGGUGCUGAGUUAGGUCGUGCUCUAUCACCACCUCGGAGCUUGGGUCCAUCAAGCCCACUUCGCGUGACGCCGCCAGGUCCCCGGACUGAUAAUCCUCAUCCAUGUAUCAAAGGCACAUCUGACUUGAAGCUGACACAGCAAGUGCAAAAUGUUGGUUUCAGAGCAAAGACAAGCGGCACUAAUCGAAAGGACCCGACUACUGGAUCUAUCCCAGAUGUUGACGAACUCGCCGCACGGUUUGCAGCAUUGAAAAAAUGA